AUGGAUUCAUUCAGACCGAUCAAGCAAUUUGAUACUAAGGUAGAUCAAUCUCAGUUGGCUACCGAGUGGCGUAAAUGGAAGCGCAGCCUGGAGUACUAUCUAGCUGCCAGUGGAAUAACAGGUCAACGUGAGAAACGGGAUCAAUUGUUGCACCUAGGAGGAUCAGACUUACAGGACAUUUUUGAUAAUUUGCCUGGAGUUCAUGACGUUCCACAUGUUACACCUGACCCACCAUUCUAUGAUGUAGCUGUACAGCACCUAGAUUCUCAUUUUCAGCCAUGCCAACGACGCACGUACGAGAGACAUGUUUUUCGCCAGAUUUCACAACAACCAGGAGAGCGGUUUGGAGACUUUGUGAUGAAGCUUCGUGUUCAGGCUGGUCGGUGUGAUUUUGACCAGGAAGGGAGUUCGGUGAUGGAAAGCAUGAUCAUCGAUCAAAUUGCUGAAAAAUGUCUCUCUUCAGCACUCCGCAAGAAAAUCUUGGAAAAAGAUCGAUCUCUUAGUGAAGUGGUGGCUAUCGGGAAAACAUUAGAAGACGUCGAACAACAAUGUAAGGAACUGGCUCAAAAGGAGGUGGAAGUUAGGACAACAUCCACCGUGAACAAGGUAAACCAAAAACCGCCACAACAUUGGAGAGCAUCGUACCAGCCUACCGAACGUCGCUUGUCCAAUUUCCGAUUCAAUUCUCAAGGACAGUUUCGGCGAACGAACCCCUACGAACAACCUCGAUACAGACUGGAAGGAAAUGGUGACUAUAGUUACUCUAGGAUCCAACCGACUUCAAGAUCUGCCGGAAAUUAUCAACAAAAUACCGAUGACAGAAUUUGCUUUGCUUGCGGCCGUCGUGGGCACCGCAAAGGCUCUGCAGUUUGCGUUGCACGAGAGGCACAAUGUCGUAAAUGUCGAGUAGUAGGCCAUUUUGCCAAGUGGUGCACAAAAAGAGUAAACGAGGAUCCUCCUCAAGAUUCGGUUCUAGCAAAACGCAUCAAGACAGUGAACGAAGCUAGCGGGUUACAAAACAACUACAGAAAUGUCGAUGAAUCGGAUAAGGAACAACAGAUUUGUUUCGUUAUGGGGGAAAAUGUAUUCCGUUUUAAAGUGGGCGGUGUCGAAACCAUCAUGACAAUUGACUCCGGGGCGGCGGCAAAUAUCAUCGAUGUUCGUACAUGGGAAAUGCUGCAAAGACACGAAGCAAAACUGAGGUUCAGUUCUCGAGUGGACCGCAAGUUCAAGGCCUAUGGCUCAACGACUCCACUGACCAUGAUUGGAAAAUUUGUAGCCGAGAUAGAAGCAGUCGAUAACAAGGUGGAAGCAACGUUCUAUAUCGCGGAAAAUGGAAUGCAGAAUCUUUUAGGCGAUGAAACAGCUAAAAAGCUCAAAGUGCUUAAGAUUGGAUACAAUGUGGGAUCAUUGCAAGAAACAUCGACGUCGUUUCCUAAGAUCAAAGGAGUCCUCGUGGAAAUCCCUGUAGACCCUAACGUCAAACCGAUUCAGCAAGCUUACCGACGAGCACCUUUUGCUCUAGAAGAAAAAGUUGCAGCAAAACUCCAGUACCUUCUUGAUCAGGAUAUAAUCGAACGUGUCCAUCAUCCAUCAGCGUGGGUCUCGCCUAUCGUACCCGUUUUGAAAGAUAAUGGUGAGAUUCGUCUUUGUGUCGAUAUGCGUAGGGCCAAUCAGGCAGUCUUAAGAGAAACACAUCCGUUACCGAUAGUUGAGGAACUGUUCGGUAGUAUCAAGGGGGCAACCCGGUUCUCCAAAUUAGACAUACGCGAGGCGUAUCACCAGGUUGAAAUUUCUGAGCGUUCAAGAGACAUCACAACCUUCAUUACGAAACAGGGAUUGUACAGAUACAAAUGA